AUGCCAAAGUCAUUCACAGGCUUCAAUGGCGUGGACUCUACGCCACCCCCCACAACUCCAGAGGGCCUUACACCCACCAAGAUAUCCUCAUCGAGAUCACUCUCUAGUCCCUCAUUGGUGAAGGUACCAUUGUCCCAAUCGCUGCCAGUCUAUCACGAGGACCUAGUCAUGUCCUCGUCUUCACCAACAUCAAAUAGCCCCUAUCAGCUGCCAAGAUCAAGCUCAACAACUUUCGAGUCACCAAGCUCUUCCCUCGAUUCGCCUGGACAGAAGAAAGAGCUACUAGAGUUCUGGAAGAGGAAGGAGAGUGAGGGCAGUCCAAGAUUCUUGUCUCCAAUGGGAACACCUCAUGGCACACCACUUGGAACACCACUCGGCUCACCGAGGGUACGAUCACCAAUGCGUCCUAUUAGUACACCACGUGGCACAUCAUCACAACAUUCCAGUGCCAACAACUCUCCAUCCUCCUCUUCCACCUCACCAAAGAUGGGAAGAAGGAGAUCAUCACCAUCAUCAUGGACCAGACGACAUACAUUCAGUGAGCCAGACUCUGAACCAAUGGUUACCACCACCUCUACUUUCAGUCCAGCACCAGCACCAGCACCAGCAAUCACUCAAACGAAUAUUGAGCCUGUAGUGGUUAUACAACCAAUCGAGUCCAAGAAGGAUAAGGAAAUCGUUGUGGACAAAGUUGAACAGCAGGUGGACAGCAAUAAGCAGGAGAUCAGCCCUGCAGAUGAGGCAGAAAAGGACUCAAAGGAGAAACACGAAAAGAAGGAGAAUGAGUUGGUCAUUGAAGCUCCAACAGCAGCAGCAGUACAGACAACUCAUCCAAUAUCAUCGUCACCCUCAACAACGGAGGCAACUACGCCAUCUAUUCCAACAACAGUCCAGGAGCAACCACAAACACCAGUACCUAUUACAUCUACACCUACACCUACAUUAUCUGCACCAGUCCAAGCAACAUUACCAACACCAAUAUCUACGCCCACACCUACACCAACACCAACACCUACACAACCUAAACUUCCAGCAAGAGAUCUUGUUGAGGACACCAAGCGAAUAUGGCUGAGGCCAUUUGCUUCACAGCCUGUUGGAGUAGACCUACCCCGACUGGCCAGUUGUAUUUCUAUUUUCAAAGACAAUAGCAGCACUGAAGACCUUGCCGAGAAGGGCAAUCCAAAGAAGACGGUCUAUGAUGUGCUCCAGGGAUUGAGGCAGUUCUUUGCCCCAGAGUUCACCUUGGACGAUGAAUUCAUCCAAAAGUACGAUGCCAUACCCAGGAAUGAGGACAGUACAUUCAGAACGAACGACCUGGUGGCAUAUCUAUCCACAGAGUUCCAGGAGCCCAUUUUGAACAUACUAAAGGUAUGCAGUCAGGCUAUCAUUGCACCAUCUGUGAUCGAGCUGCGACUCUCUAUAUGUCCCAAACCAAUGUUUAAGGAUGCAGGUGGAUGGACUAUCAAGGUCAGCAGGGACAGUGAGAACAACGUCGUGGUGUCACACUGCAAGAAACAACAGCAAAUGGACCUGAGGAAGGAGGAAGAAUACUUUGAGUUCGUUUGGGAACUGCAAAUGGUCUUUGACUCUGAAGCCACUCUAUUGAAACAUGUGGCACUAUCCAUUGUCGAGUUGAACUUUGGUGAAAAGACAACGCCAGAAAGGAAGCAAGAGUGUCAUGCCGUGUUUGAUAAGCAUUUCAAGUGUAACAAGACGCCAUCGCCAGCACUGUCCGAUCAAUAG